AUUUCUCUCUCACAUUAUUACAAUCACCGUCAACACACACAACCUUAACCUCAUCAAACUCAAACAAACCCAUGGACAGCAUCGGCUCCCUCGACUCCAGUAAGCCCGCCAACAACGACGUCGGCAAUGUCCCCAACGGCACCGCUUCAGCCAUCAAGAACUCCGCCCCCGCCACAGCCGUCACCACCACCGAGGCCACCCUCGGCCGCCACCUCGCGCAUCGCCUCGUGCAGGUUGGGGUCACAGACGUUUUCUCCGUCCCCGGUGACUUUAACCUCACCCUGCUCGACCACCUCAUCGCGGAGCCCAAACUCACCAACGUCGGAUGUUGCAACGAACUCAAUGCCGGGUACGCCGCCGACGGCUACGCACGGUGCCGGGGCGUCGGCGCGUGCGUGGUGACGUUCACAGUGGGCGGGCUGAGUGUGAUCAACGCAAUCGCCGGCGCGUACAGUGAGAAUCUUCCGGUGAUUUGCAUCGUUGGUGGACCCAACACGAACGACUUCGGCACGAACAGGAUCUUGCACCACACCAUUGGGUUGCCAGAUUUCAGUCAGGAACUCAGGUGCUUCCAAACUGUUACCUGCUACCAGGCUGUGGUGAAUAACAUAGAGGAUGCUCAUGAAAUGAUUGAUACAGCGAUCUCAACCUGUUUGAAAGAAAGCAAGCCCGUCUACAUAAGCAUAAGCUGUAACUUGCCUGGCAUUCCUCACCCCACUUUCAGUCGUGAACCAGUUCCAUUUUCUCUCUCUCCCAGAUUGAGUAACAAGCUAGGGUUGGAGGCAGCGGUGGAGGCAGCAGCAGCGUUCCUAAACAAGGCAGUGAAGCCUGUAAUGGUGGGUGGUCCAAAACUGAGGGUGGCUAAGGCAUGUGAGGCUUUUGUUGAGCUUGCCGAUGCAUCUGGCUAUCCAUUUGCUGUGAUGCCAUCAGCCAAAGGACUAGUACCUGAGUACCACCCGCACUUCAUUGGCACAUUCUGGGGAGCUGUGAGCACUGCUUUCUGUGCUGAGAUUGUGGAAUCUGCAGAUGCAUACUUGUUUGCUGGCCCCAUUUUCAAUGACUACAGUUCAGUAGGGUACUCUCUCCUUCUGAAGAAGGAGAAGGCCAUCAUUGUGCAGCCUGACCGAGUUGUGAUCUCAAAUGGACCUGCAUUUGGGUGUAUCCUCAUGAAGGACUUCCUCACAGCACUUGGAAAGCGUCUUCAGCAUAACAACACUGCAUAUGAAAACUAUGCCAGGAUAUUUGUCCCUGAUGGAAAGCCUCUGAAGGCUGAACCAGGAGAGCCUUUGAGGGUUAAUAUACUGUUUAAGCAUGUUCAAGAAAUGCUGUCUGGUGAGACUGCUGUGAUUGCUGAGACAGGGGACUCCUGGUUUAACUGCCAAAAGCUGAAGUUGCCAAAAGGAUGUGGGUUUGUUGACAGGUACGAGUUCCAAAUGCAAUAUGGCUCAAUUGGAUGGUCUGUUGGUGCAACUCUUGGUUAUGCUCAGGCUGUUCGUCCAAAGCGUGUGAUUUCUUGCAUUGGUGAUGGAAGCUUUCAGGUGACAGCUCAGGAUGUCUCCACAAUGAUACGAAAUGAGCAGAAUCCCAUCAUCUUCCUGAUAAACAAUGGUGGAUACACCAUUGAAGUUGAAAUUCAUGACGGGCCAUACAAUGUGAUUAAGAACUGGAACUACACUGCCUUGGUGGAUGCAAUCCACAAUGGUGACGGGAAAUGCUGGACCAGUAAGGUCACAUGCGAGGAGGAACUUAUUGAAGCAAUUCAGACAGCAACAGGAGACAAGAAAGAUUGCUUAUGCUUCAUUGAGGUGAUUGUUCACAAGGAUGAUACGAGCAAAGAAUUGCUUGAGUGGGGCUCUAGGGUCUGUGCUGCAAAUAGUCGUCCUCCUAAUCCUCAGUGAAUUUCCUACCAUGAGCCAUUACAAAGCUGAUGGAAUCAAUAUUGGAGUUUGGCUUUAUCUUAGUUGAGAUUAAUUCCUUCGAGAUGCUUGUGUACGAGAGAAAUUUUCCUGUGUCUGUGCUUUGCAUUUAAUGUUUAGGUGUAGUGCAUUUUACGGAAAUUUAUUCUUCGGGGACAAAAAUUAAUCUUUCACAUUUUUUUUAUAAAUUAAUGCUAUUCUCUAUUAACUU